UUUCCGGACCGCGGUACCAUGGCCCCCGUCCGCCUGCUCGCACUGCUGCUGCUCCUCGUGGGCGCCCCCGCCGCCGCCGCAGAGUCGAUCCGAGAGACUGAGGUCAUCGACCCCCAGGACCUCCUGGAAGGCCCGUACUUUUCCGGACCCCUCCCGGACGAUGAGGACGUGGGGGUGCCCGGGCAGGACUUCGAUGACUUUGAGCUGUCUGGCUCUGGAGACCUGGAUGACUUAGAGGACCCCAGGGUCUUCCCCGAAGUAAUCCAACCCUCGGUGCCCUUAGAUAACCACAUUCCCGAGAGGGCGGGGCCUGGGAGCCGGGUCCCCACGGAACCCAAGGAACUGGAGGAGAACGAGGUCGUCCCCAAGAGGCUCUCGCCACCCCUCGAAGGGAACGAGGAUGUGUCCAACAGGGUGUCCAUGUCCAGCACUGCCCAGAGCAGCAGCAUCUUCGAGAGAACAGAGGUCCUGGCAGCUCUGAUCGUGGGCGGCAGCGUGGGCAUCCUCUUCGCCGUGUUCCUGGUCCUGCUGCUGAUGUACCGCAUGAAGAAAAAGGACGAAGGCAGCUACGACCUGGGCAAGAAGCCCAUCUACAAAAAGGCCCCCACCAACGAGUUCUACGCCUGAGGCUUCCUCACGGGCACCAGCUUGGACUUGAGGGGGUGGGAAGCCACGGAUUGUGGAGGGUGGACUUUGGGGCGGCGGAGGAGGGCAACCUAACACUGACCUGUCAGCACCUUCAGCUCUGAUCACGUCUUAAGGGACAAGAGAGAUAUCACCUCCUAUUCCUGCCUGCCUCGGCUUGAUUCUCCAUGGUCCCAGCAGGAAAAUGAGGUUAAACUUGGCCUUUCCAAAAACAAGUCUAAGAUUGGAUUAUUUCCUCAUCUUCCAGUUUAGCAUCUAGGCCCUGCUUAGAGCCUGUACUCUGUACCGCAGGCCGACGCUCUAACCGCUGAGCCAAACCGGCCAGGGCUAGAGCCUGUACUGACCAUGCUUCAUCCAGAUCCCUUUGGAAACUGUCCUGUGAGUCCUGCCGGGGGUCUGUCCCCAGCACCUCCCUUCCUCCCUCCUCCCUACAGCCCGUCCCUCUGCCAGGAACUGGGAGAAGGAGCUAGAACCAUCGUACCUUGAGAUGUGUCCAGCAAAGGGCACUGUGUCCACACUGCAGGAGUCUGUGGUGUACCUUGGGCCACUGGGCUCUUUGCAGUGACUUUUGGAAGUCAACUGUUUUAUUUGGGGGGAGAGCUGAAGGUUCAUACCGCAGUGGGUUUGUAGAAUAUUUGUAAAUCUAUUUUUAGUGUUUUUUUUUUUUUUUUAACCGUUCAUUCCUUUGUGUAGAGUCUCUGCCUGGGCAGGAGCACACAGGUGCCUGGGCGCGCUCUGCUUGUGCGGUUCCAUCGCUCCUGCUACGUUUGUAUUUAAUGGGUUUUUUUUGGGGGGGGGGUUGUUCGUUUUUAUUUCUCGAAAAUGAGAGAAGAGCUGGAGAUAUGAUUUUUAUUAAUUUUUUUUUUUU